AUGCAUUACAAGAAAGCAUUUCUAGCAUCUCUAUUAAGUAGUAUUGCGCUAACUGCGUACGCUCCACCUGAACCCUGGGCAACUUUAACUCCAAGCUCUAAAAUGGAUGGUGGCACAACAGAGUACCGGACCUCAUUCGGUCUCGCUGUUAUACCUUUCACCGUUACUGAAAGUAAGGUCAAAAGAAACGUCAUUUCACAAAUUAAUGACGGUCAAGUGCAAGUAACGACACAAAAAUUACCUCAUCCAGUUUCGCAAAUUGGAGACGGCCAAAUACAAGUUACAACGCAGAAGGUGCCUCCAGUAGUGUCACAUAUUGUGUCACAAAUAGGCGAUGGUCAAUUACAAAUAACUACAGCUAAAAAUGUUGUCACAAAGUCCACAAUUGCUGUUCCAAGUAAAACUGUAACUGCGACAGCAACUUCAACCGCAACUGCUGUUUCUCAGAUUCAUGAUGGUCAAGUGCAAGUUACUAUUUCUUCAGCCAGUAGUAGUUCUGUGCUUUCCAAGAGUAAGUUAGAGCCAACAAAGAAACCAAAUAAUGAAAAAGUGAUCAAGGUGCAAGCCUGUAAAAGUUCUGGCACCUUGGCAAUAACGUUACAAGGAGGUGUUCUUAUUGACUCCAGUGGUAGAAUUGGAUCGAUAGUAGCAAACAGACAGUUCCAAUUUGAUGGUCCACCUCCACAGGCGGGCGCUAUUUACGCUGGCGGCUGGUCGAUAACGAAGCAUGGCACUUUAGCUAUUGGUGAUAAUGACGUGUUUUACCAAUGUCUGUCGGGCACUUUCUAUAACCUUUACGAUCAGUCUAUCGGGGGCCAGUGCAAUCCCGUUCAUUUACAAACAGUUGGUCUCGUCGAUUGUUGA